CUUAUGUAAGACAGGUUUCCCAUUUCAAGAAAUUUACAACACAUUAUUGCAUAUAUCUUACAAGCAAUCCAAGAAACAGGGCAAAUUGGCUGCCUUGAUGGAGGCAAAACAAGCAAAUUUGAGCAUUCUGAUGUUUCCAUGGAUAGGCCAUGGACAUGUAUUCCCCUAUCUUGAACUAGCCAAGAAUCUGUCAACCCACAACUUCGACAUAUUUUUUUGUUCCACAGCAGUCAAUCUUAGUUCUGUCAAUGAUGUUCUUGCAAACACCUCGUCCUCUGUUUCAAUCCAACUGGUGGAACUCCAUCUACCUUCAGCGCCUGAGCUGCCUCCAUGCUAUCACACGACCAAGAAUGCGCCGCCCCAUCUCCUGCCUAAACUGCAUGAAGCCUUUCAGAUGUCGAACUCAAGUUUCUCCGACAUCAUUACUUCUCUGAACCCCGACAUGCUUAUAUACGAUGGUUUUCAACCGUGGGCUGCCAAGAUUCAGGAGCCGUACCGUAUUCGUUUUACUUCCAUUCCUUCAUUUCUGCAACUUCGGCUUUCCCUUAUGAGGAGAUUUAUCUUCGAGAUUAUGAAAGAAAGGCUUACGAAACCAUGGUUUUUUCUGAUCUAGGAGUCAAAAAGAAUGAUCUUGAUUCGGCAAUUGGGCACUUCACGCUGUCUUGUGACGUUGUUUUAGUGAAAACCUGCAGGGCAAUUGAAGGGAAGUACAUGGACUACUUAUCAGUCUUGUGCAAGAAAAAGCUGGUUCCUGUUGGUCCACUCGUUACACAUUCUAACAGUGAAGAAGGAAAGCAUGCAGAGAUCGUGGAAUGGUUAAGUCAGAAAAAUAAGUUCUCAACUGUUUUCAUUUCCUUUGGAAGUGAAAACUACUUAUCUAAGGAUCAGAUGGUAGAGAUAGCAAAAGGGUUGGAGGCUAGUGAUGUUAACUUUAUAUGGGUUGUCAGAUUUCCUCCUGGAGAAAGAGUCAGCAUAGAAGAAGUGGUGCCUAAGGGAUUUCUUGAUAGGGUGCAAGACAGAGGGAUGAUUUUGCAGGGAUGGGCUCCGCAGACUCAAAUUUUAGCACAUCCAAGUACCGGGGCUUUUUUAAGUCAUUGUGGCAUGAGUUCCAUAAUUGAAAGCAUUUAUUUUGGUGUACCAGUUAUAGCCAUGCCUUUGAAACUUGAUCAGCCCUUCAAUGCUAGGCUAGUGGUGGAGGCUGGUGUUGGGAUUGAGGUCAAAAGAGAUGAAAAUGGAGGAUUUGGUGGAGCCGAUGUUGCAGACGCGAUAAAUAAGGUCAUUGUGAAGGAGACUGGGGAAGAUAUUAGGCUUAAAGCUGCAGAAUUGAGUGAGAAGAUGAAAAAUGAAGAAGAAGAUGCAAUAAAUGAAGCAGCAGAUCAGCUGCGUCGGGUUUGUAUGGAGCAUAAGCAGCAGAAGUGAUAAUACACUGCUUUCUCAGGCUAUGGAAGUCAAAAUCAGUUUAACUUUGAUUUCUUGUCCUGAAAUCACCCAAAAGAUGAUGCUGAGUGCUGGAUUUGGAGAAGGAGAUAACUGGUAAGUUUCGUUGCACGAAAUAAAAUAACUCGCCAAGAUUUUUCCGCAGGAGUUUGUAAUAAUGAACCAAAUGUUUCAGCAUCUAUAUAGAAUCCUGUUCUUAGUACGGAACCAAGCAAAUGAACAAAAACAGAUGAAGCCUCUCUAGAGCAAGUUACAGGUUAUCAAUCCACUCCACUCUUGUACUUUUACCUGUAUAAAACUCAUGUACACAUUGCAAUCAAUAUCAAUCAAGAAACCUACAUUCUCUCAAA